CAAAACAGUGCUUGAACGAACUCAAGUACUCAGCGAAGCACAGGAGGUCGUCAAAUGGACGAUGAAGAUGAGGCUCUUUCCGCUUCAGAACCAAGCGAUUCGAGUGUCGAGUUCAUCUCUGAGUCAGACAAUGACGAGGACGACCUCGAUUACAAUUGUAAUAGCGGCGACGAAGACGAUGGCCAUGGAGCUCAAACAUCCAAUCUCCGCUGCAGUCCGGAAGAUCGGAAGUCGGAAAAUGUGGCCGCUUUAGUCAGGGGAAACCUUGAAGUGAGAAGACAGUCAAUACUUCCACGAGUCUAUUCAGUAACUGAUGCAGCUGUCAACGUCAGAAAGCCUUUUAAACCUCCGAGCUCAAAUGGUUAUAGUAGUAACAAUGAACAUCUGGCACGCCGUCUCUGGGCACGCAAAAGGUUUGUGCCAUGGGGGUCCAAUAGGCCAGCUUUGGUUGCAAUCACGAACAGGGUAACUGUCCUUGAGACUGCUCAUAAAGAUGUGCCUGAAGAAGAGAUAUAUCUGCCACCAGAUGUGGAACCAUUGCUGUUGUGGCAGCCUGAAGGAUUUGGGGAGGAAGGCUGUGAUUCAAAACCUAUAGCAGUGGAACCUUUACUUGUUAAGUACCUCCGACCACAUCAAAGAGAAGGUGUCCAGUUCAUGUUUGAUUGUGUUUCAGGACUUUUGAGCACUUCCAAUAUUAACGGAUGCAUUUUAGCUGAUGAUAUGGGUCUGGGGAAGACAUUGCAGUCAAUCACACUGCUUUACACACUUCUUCGUCAAGGUUUUGAUGGAAAAGCAAUGGUUAGGAAAUCAAUAAUUGUGACUCCUACCAGUCUUGUCUCUAACUGGGAGGCUGAAAUAAAGAAAUGGGUUGGAGAAAGACUUAAACUUGUUGCUCUCUGUGAAAGCACUCGAGAGGAUGCCAUCUCUGGCAUUAACAAUUUUACUAGUCCACAUAGUGAUUUACAAGUAUUGAUUGUUUCCUAUGAGACAUUUCGAAUGCAUUCUUCAAAGUUUAGUAAUGAUAUUUCGUGUGACCUCCUCAUAUGUGAUGAGGCUCACAGGUUGAAAAAUGAUCAGACAUUGACUAAUCGAGCCUUGGCUUCUUUGUCAUGCAAGCGCCGCAUUUUGCUGUCAGGGACUCCAAUGCAAAAUGAUCUAGAGGAAUUUUAUUCCAUGGUAAAUUUUACUAACCCUGGAAUCUUGGGAGAUGCUGCAUACUUUCGCCGUUACUAUGAGAUGCCCAUUGUUUGUGGUAGAGAACCCUCUGCUACUGAAGAAGAGAAGAGACUAGGUACUGAACGUUCUACAGAGCUGAGUGCAAAAGUUAACCAGUUUAUAUUGCGGAGGACUAAUGCAUUGUUGUCAAAUCACUUACCACCAAAGAUAAUUGAAGUUGUAUGCUGCAAGUUGUCACCUUUGCAAGUGGAACUUUACAACCAUUUUAUACAUUCAAAAAAUGUUAAACGGGCAAUUACAGAGGAAACAAAACAAUCGAAAAUCUUAGCUUACAUUACUGCCUUAAAGAAGCUAUGCAAUCAUCCAAAGCUAAUAUAUGACACAAUAAAGAGUGGGAGUCCAGGGACUAAAGGGUUUGAAGAUUGUAUCCACUUAUUCCCUCAUGAAAUGUUUUCCGGAAGGUCUGGUUCAUGGACUGGUGGAGCUGGGCUUUGGGUUGAACUAUCUGGAAAAAUGCAUGUAUUAGCUCGGUUAUUGGCUCAACUCCGUCAAUCAACUGAUGAUAGAAUUGUUCUAGUCUCAAACUACACUCAGACGCUGGACCUUUUUGCUCAACUCUGUCGUGAAAGGAGAUAUCCCUUCUUGAGACUUGAUGGAUCUACCUCAAUUAGCAAAAGACAAAAGUUGGUUAAUUGUUUUAAUGAUCCAUCAAAGGAUGAGUUUGCCUUUCUCCUGAGUAGCAAGGCAGGAGGUUGUGGCCUCAAUUUGAUUGGUGGAAAUAGGCUGGUGUUAUUUGAUCCGGACUGGAAUCCUGCAAAUGACAAACAGGCUGCGGCUAGAGUAUGGAGGGAUGGCCAGAAGAAGAGGGUUUAUGUCUAUCGGUUUUUGAGUACAGGAACUAUUGAAGAGAAGAUUUACCAGCGUCAAAUGUCAAAAGAGGGACUUCAGCAAGUUAUUCAACAGGAACAUGCAGAUUCUGAGAACCAGGGAAAUCUCCUUUCAACUGAAGAUCUAAGGGACCUGUUCACUUUUCAUGAUAGCGUGAGGUCUGAAAUUCAUGAAAAGAUUAGCUGCAACCGUUGCCAAGAAUAUGAGGUGAUGCUAGAUGACACUUGUGAAGCAAAGUCUACAGAUGAACAAGAUAAAUCCAACCAAGAGGAUAUCGGGGGAUUUGCAGGUGUUGCUGGUUGCUCGAACAAGUUAAAAAGCUCAGAGAAGCAGAUUGGAACUCCAAAGGAAGAGGAUUUAGCUAACUGGGGGCAUCAUUUUUUCCCAACGUCAGUUCCCGAUACUAUUUUUCCGGCUGCAGCUGGUGAUGAGGUUUCUUUUGUUUUCACAUGCCAAGUUGAGGGGAAGCUGGUGCCUGUUGAAUCAUCGGUGAAGCAAAAACCAAAACCCCAAGGCGGGCAAACGAACAUUUCCACUUUGAAAAGCAACCUACUCCAGAGACCAGCGGCUUUAUCUCCACGCCUAGCAGUAUCCAGCAUGAAGGAACCUCAAGAAGCACCACCACAAUCUCCUUUCAGUGGGGUUUCCUCUAAGAUGAGCACAUUGCCAGCUUUUUUUAAGCCCGUGCAAAAGCAACGGACCAACUCUAUCAAGCUAACAAGACCUUUGGACCAUACAAAAAUGAAAUCCAACAGAGUAAUCUCUUCCCGGAAUCAGUUACCUCAAAAAAGAACUUCUCCAGAUGCUAUGGGCGACGAUGAUUUUGUAUAGACUUUACCUGUUUACUUAUUCUUCUAAAUUACAUGAAAAAAAAAAAAAAAGUGAUUAGGUGAACAUAUAUAUAAAUCUCACAAUUUGUUUGAUUUUAGACAUGAGGUGUUAAUAAUGUUUAAGGUAUUUGAUUAAAGGAACACAAGAAAUCA